AUGGAGAAGGAUGAUGGGCAAGAAGAGGAAGUGGGAAUGGGCAGUGCAGGCUUCCAGUGGUGGAAUACUUCAUCAUCACAUGACAUCCAGAGUUUCCUGCUAAAGCCGAGCGUAGAAGGUUCUUUCCAAAAAGUAUCAAUGCAUAGAUAUCAAAAGAGUGCUGUUGAGAUUUUACACUUAAGUACAGACUGGGACAAUGAUGGGGAGAGUGAAGGGCAUCAGAGAUUUCCUGGAGGCUAUACCCAACCCAAGGCAAUUGCCCUUAAUAAGAAUCUCACUGCCCCAAAUGGUGAAGGAUAUAAAACAUUGUGGAAAACCUCCCUUUUUAAGUCAACUGUUUCUGCAAAGCAGUGUGUUUCUGUAAGCAAAAGCUCCAAUCAAAUAUUCAAACAUACAUCUUUGUGGACAGACCAUUUGGAAAAUCUGGAAAGUUAUCUAGUCCAUGCUGAAAAUAACGAUUUGAACCAUUUUGAAGAUAGGAUUGGCUUGACCUUUCACUCAAAUAUUUCUGAUAAUCAGAGAUUUAGAAAUGAAGAACAAAGUGCUAAGUCAGAUCCAUAUGAGAGGUGCGUCACUGAGGAGUCGACCCUACAGAAUUACCAGAGCCUUUUCAAUGGAGACAGAAUUGGUCAAUGCAGUGAAUCUGAGAAAACAUUUAACCAGGGUUCCAAUGUCCAUAGAUGUGUGAGGACUUCGUCUCCAGAGAACCAUUAUGAAUGUCAUAAAUGUGGGGAAGGCUUUAAUCAGAGCUCUAACCAUAUUAUACAUAAGAGUCUCCCUUUGGGAGAUAAUCCUCAUAAGUAUAAUGAAUGUGGGAAAGCUCUUAACCAGUCCUCCAGUAUUGGUGAUCCUCAGAGAAUUCAUGAAGGAAAAAACCCAUUCAGACGCAAUAAACCAGAGACCAUGUUUAGUCAGUCAUCAAGGCUAAAUAUAAAUAAGAUAAUCCCUGGGGAAGAGAAAACUUACAUUUUUAAGGAAUGUGGUAAAUCCUUUGACUGCCACUCAACACUAUCUCAAAAUCAGCAAAUGCACACUGGAGAAAAAAUAUACAAAUGCGAAGAAUGUGAUAAAACCUUUAAGGACUGUUCAUCAAUAAGUGUACAUAGGCAAAUCCAUACUGGAGAGAAACUUUACAAAUGUCAAGAAUGUGGCAAGGCCUUUAAGUGGCCCUCGAAACUUAUUCGACAUCACAGAAUUCAUACUGGAGAGAAACCUUACAAAUGUCAAGAUUGUGGAAAGGCCUUUAACCGGCACUCACACCUCACUAAACAUCACAGAUUUCAUACUGGACAGAAACCUUACAAAUGUAAAGAAUGUGCCAAAGCCUUUAAAUCAUGCUCAACCCUGACUGAACAUCACCGAAUGCAUACUGGUGAGAAACCUUAUCGAUGUAAAGAAUGUGGAAAGACCUUUAACAGGCUCUCAACCCUUACUCAACAUCACAGAAUUCAUACAGGAGAGAAACCUUACAAAUGUCAAGAAUGUGGCAAGGCCUUUAAGUGGCCCUCAAACCUUACUGAACAUCACAGAAUUCAUAGUGGAGAGAAACCUUACAAAUGUCAGGAGUGUGGAAAGGCCUUUAACCGGCACUCACAUCUCACUCGACAUCACAGACUUCAUACUGGAGAGAAACCUUACAAAUGUAAGGAAUGUUCCAAAGCCUUUAAAUCAUGCUCAACCCUGACCGAACAUCUCCGAAUACAUACUGGAGAGAAACUUUACAAAUGUCAAGAAUGUGGAAAGCCCUUUAACAGACUCUCAACCCUUACUCAGCAUCACAGAAUUCAUACAGGAGAGAAACCUUACAAAUGUCAAGAAUGUGGCAAGGCCUUUAAGUGGCCCUCAAAACUUACUCAACAUCACAGAAUUCAUACUGGAGAGAAACCUUACAAAUGUCAAGAAUGUGGUAAGGCCUUUAAGUGGCCCUCAAAACUUACUCGACAUCACAGAAUUCAUACUGGAGAAAAACCUUACAAAUGUCAAGAAUGUGGUAAGGCCUUUAUGUGGCCCUCAAACCUUACUGGACAUCAGAGAAUUCAUACUGGAGAGAAACCUUACAAAUGUCAAGAAUGUGGCAAGGCCUUUAAGUGGCCCUCGAAACUUACUCAACAUCACAAAAUUCAUACUGGAGAGAAACCUUACAAAUGUCAAGAUUGUGGAAAGGCCUUUAAUCGGCAGUCACACCUCACUCAACAUCACAGACUUCAUACUGGACAGAAACCUUACAAAUGUAAAGAAUGUGCCAAAGCCUUUAUAUCAUGCUCAACCCUCACUAAACAUCACCGAAUGCAUACUGGAGAGAAACCUUACAAAUGUCAAGAAUGUGGCAACGCCUUUAACAAGCCCUCAGACCUCACUCAACAUCACAGAAUUCAUAUUGGAGAGAAAUCUUACCAAUGUCAGGAAUGUGGCAAGACCUUUAACUGGCCCUUGGACCUUACUGAACAUCACAGAAUUCAUACUGGAGAGAAACCUUACAAAUGUCAAGAUUGUGGAAAGGCCUUCAAUGGGCACUCAUACCUCACUCAACAUCACAGAUUUCAUCCUGGAGAGAAACCUUACAAAUGUCCAGAAUGUGGCAAGCCCUUUUACAGGCACUCAAUCCUUAUUAAACAUCAUAAAAUUCAUACUAGAUAGAAACCUUACCAAUGUAAAGAAUGUGAGAAAAUGGUUGAGGAGUGCUCACCCCUUACUGCACAUCAGAGGAAUUCCACUGGAAAGAAACCUGACAAAUUAAUAGAAUGUGCCAAAGCCUUUAGCAGGCAAACAACCCUUACUGGACAUCACAGAAUUCAUACUGGAGAGACCUACAAAUGUAAGGAAUGUGAGAAAACACUUAAGGACUGCUCUGUCCUUACUCCAUAUCAGAGAUUUCAUAUAGGAGAGUACCUAUACAAAUAUUAA